AUGUCAUCGACUAGGCCAAGAAUUGUUACUUCGAAGUCUGCAGCACUUCCACAACAAACUACCCCGGAACAGCGUUAUUGGCGUCAAUAUUCGCAUGCACAAUUGGUAAAAGAACAUAAUAGUGUCACACAUAUUGCAUUCAACCCAAAGAGUCCGUUCGAUUUUGCAGUCACAUCCUCUACAAGAGUACAGAUAUUCUCAUCCAAGACUAGACAGGUGGUAAAGACUUUUUCAAGAUUUAAAGACGUUGUAUAUUCUGCAUCCUUUAGGAAUGAUGGUAAAUUACUUGUUGCUGGUGAUGCUACGGGUUUAGUUUCCGUCUACGAUGCGUACAAUCCAAGAUCUAUACUGCUUUCUAUCAAUGCCUCCACUCAUCCAACACAUGUAACCAAAUUCCACCCGCAGGACAAUAAGACACUUGUUACCACCAGUGACGACAGAGUAACAAGAAUAUGGGAUAUAUCUCAUGCAUACGAAGCACAGGAACUUACUGGUGCCUCAGAUUAUGUGCGUUCUGUCACAUUUAUCCCAUCAGCGCCUCAUCUAAUUGCCACAGGUUCAUAUGACGGCUUAGUUCGUCUAUAUGAUACCCGUGCGGAAGGUUCUUCUCCAAUUUAUUCUCUAAAUCAUGACCAACCUGUGGAAAGCAUAAUCGCCAUAUCACCAACACAAUUAGUAUCGGCUGGAGGUUCCAAUUUCAAAGUAUGGGAUUUAACCAGUAAUAAGAAACUAUAUGAAAGAGGAAAUUUCAACAAGACAGUCACAAAUCUGGAUUAUGUCGAAAAUUUCGAAUCUCCAAUGUCAUCUGCAUUGAUUGCAUCGUCCCUCGACGGUCAUGUAAAGGUUUUCGACCCUUUAGACAAUUUCAAAGUCAAAUUCGGUUGGAAGUUCUCCAGUCCAGUACUAAGUUGUGCUGUGUCACCAAGUGGAAGUCAAGGUAAUAGACACCUAGUGGUCGGUAUGUCUUCUGGUCUACUGGCAAUUAGAACAAAGAAGAAAGAAAAACAACCAAAAUCGACAAGUACUACAGCAAAAACUGUAAAGAGUAAUAAUUUCCAAAGAAUGAUGCGUGGUUCCGAAUACGAAGGUGAUCAAGAGCAUAUUAUUCACAACGACAAGAUGAAACAACAACGUCCUCUACGUAAUUUCGAAAGAUACAUAAACCAAUUCAAAUGGAGUGCCGCAUUAGAUAGUGCUUUCGUGCCUGGUAUGGCAAAAGAAUUGACACUUACAGUCUUACAAGAACUUCGUAGACGUGGGAAGAUUCGUGUAGCUUUAUACAACAGAGACGAGUCCUCUCUUGAGCCGCUUUUGAACUGGUGUUUGAAAGGAAUCGAAGACGUCAGAUCAGCCCCUGUGGUAGCGGACUGGAUUGCUGUAGUAUUAGAAUUGUACGGAAACGGUCUCAAGAGUUCGCCCGUUUUGGAAGAGCUAGUUAAUAACUUGAGAGAUAAAGUAGCAGAAGAAGUAUACAAGGCAAGCGAGGCUCAGAAGAUAGAAGGUAUGCUCCAAUUAUUAACUAGCUAA